AUGAGGUUAGUUAAGUGAAACCAGGCGGUGUGGUUUACUUAAUAGUAGUAUGUACUAGUACUUAUCUUAUCAUCAAAUAUUUUUGUUUGAUUUAUAUUUAUAAUAUAUUUUGAAAAAAAAGAAGAAGAAUGAGCAGAAGAUUGUUCUUUAUUUUCUAGCUCGAUAAAGUGGGCGGAUGUUGAUCUUUUUCUUGAACACAAUUAUAAAAUGUUUCCAACCAAAAGUAUUUGCUUAUCUUUCAUCUUCAUAGAACAGUUUAUUUCAGAAACCUGUGAUGGUCAAUCAAUUUCGAAAUCAACAACAACAUCAACAUUUCUUCUUUUCAUCAUUAUAAUAAUACAAAUACAGAAGAUCCCCGGAACAUUGGUGGUCACCGGGUAAGAACGGAGGACCGGCUGGUAUGCGCCGUUCGUUGCUAUUUCAAACAAAAUCCGCUGCUGCCGUUGCCGUUGUUGCCGUCGCCGCCUUUUUUAUUGCUCAUUUUAUCAUCACACGGAUUAUUGUUCAGAGGUCAGUUGAUUUUUCUUUUUUUGAUCUUUGCUAAUUUUUCAGACAGACUUCUCGGCGCCCCUUGUCGAGUUAGUUGGUAAAUACACAUUUUCUAGAGAGCUUUAGUGCGUCACGAAAUUUUUUCGGAAUUUUCCAGAAAAGGGUUAGGAAAUAUUGCGGAUUAGGAUGAACUUGCUGAAGUUUACGGGAUGACCCUUUCUUUAGAAUAAUUAUAUUCUACGGCAUCUCAAAUCCUUAAUAAUUUACAGAUCGUGGUUCAGCAUCGGAUGUGUUGCUGCUCGACUCCCGGGCCAAGUACUCAGGUGUGCGAGUGCAACACACACCACAUCGACUUGACAACGGCAUUUUUGCCAUUGAACCACAGCACAUCAGACGACGAUUGGUCCGACGUGACAUCGACGAGCAACAGAAAACACGUUUCAAGAGAAGUGGUGGAUCGGCAAGAUUGCGAGGUGUCGCACGAGAAUGUGGACACGCUUGCCAUCUCAAAUUACGAUCCGAUGAUCAAGUCUAUGUUGUUUACCUCCAUCGAUGGAAUCAAAUUCCGGCGUCGCAUAAUAAGUGAGUUACUUUUUAAUUUUGAUUUUUUCAAAAUGGUUCAAAUUUUCUAGAAGUAUUCCAACGAUCUCAAACCACAACUAUGCACCCCUUGUAUUACAUUUGGAUUCGGAAGAUUCGGUCAGCGGUAGAAUGUCACGCAUUGAACCAGAUUGUAUCUACCGAGCUCAUGUCAAAAAUGUUGAACAACAAAGUAUCGUCAAUUUAUGUGACUCCCACGAAGGAUUAGUGAGUGUUUUUGACCCAAAAAAAAAUGAAUUGCUCAUAUUAAAUUUCCAGUACGGAAUGCUUGCCCUACCAUCCGGUGUUCAUACAGUCGAACCAAUCAUCGGAGAUGACGAGUUCGGUCGACACCGACAUCAUCUCGUCAGAAAGUUCGAUCCACUCCACUUCAAAGCAUUCGAUCAUCUCAAUUCAACAGCCGGCGAGGAAUCGAAACCGAAAAACUUCCAGGAUCAUCAGUGGGAGGAUAUUAUUGGUUAGUGACUUUUUUGUGUGUGUAUCUCACCCCCACUCAAACAAACUCUGACCUUUACACGUAAAACAAAACUAGUGUGUGUGUGUCUGUGUGAGCGCUCGCGUAGACACACACACUCGAAAAAUACCUUUAGUAGCGCAGGCACUCGCUUGAGUACCCUUUCUGUCAUCAUCAUCACCACAAUAAUAUGGUUUGCGAGGAUAGUAGCCAUUAGGGCGCGCGCUCUUAAUUGAUUGCGCAUCAUUUAGCAGAACGAUUUAAUUUGAAUAGAUUUAGAUUUGAUAUGUAGAUAGAAGAAGAAUAAGAAGAAUUGGUGUGAAACAAAUGUGUUAAAAAGGGAACGUUUUGGAGAAAAAAAAAACAAAUUUGUGUUUUCUUUCAGAACGAAAAACGAGAUCACGUCGUGCUGCAAAUUCUUGGGAUCAUUAUGUUGAAGUGCUUGUUGUUGCCGACACAAAAAUGUAUGAAUAUCACGGUCGUUCAUUGGAAGAUUAUAUCAUAACUCUUUUCUCAACUGUCGCUUCAAUCUAUCGCCAUCAAUCACUGCGAGCUUCUAUCAAUGUGGUUGUUGUCAAAAUUAUUGUUUUGAAAACUGAAAGUGCUGGACCACGAAUCACUCAAAAUGCCCAACAAACACUUCAAGAUUUCUGUCGUUGGCAACAGUAUUAUAAUGAUCCAGAUGAUAAUAGUAUACAACAUCACGAUGUUGCAAUUUUAUUGACAAGAAAAGAUAUUUGCAGGUAUGCAUUUGUUUUCUAGUUUUGUUCAUUACCACAAGUGAAUUAUUUCAGAUCACAAGGUAAAUGUGAUACACUUGGUCUUGCUGAGCUUGGAACAAUGUGUGAUUUGAAGAAAAGUUGUGCUAUAAUUGAAGAUAACGGGUUGAGUGCUGCAUUUACGAUUGCUCAUGAAUUGGGACAUGUGUAAGUUGAACAUACAUUCAGCAAAAAAUAAGAGAAAACAUAUGUGUCUUUCAGUUUUUCUGUUCCUCAUGACGAUGAAGCAAGGUGUAAACAAUAUAUGCAACUCACAAAAAACAACUUCCAUAUUAUGGCUCCAACUUUAGAAUACAACACUCAUCCGUGGAGUUGGUCACCUUGUUCAGCCGGAAUGCUCGAACGAUUCCUCGAGUUUGUUGUGAUCCAGGGGAAAAACAACUAGUGUUACUUUUUUGCAGAAAUCAUCGAGGACAAAUUCAAUGUUUAUUUGAUCAACCGGUCGAACGCCGUUUCUACGAAGAUGUGCUAGUAAGAGAUGAACCCGGUAAAAAAUAUGAUGCACAUCAACAGUGUAAAUUCGUUUUUGGUCCUUCAUCCGAACUUUGCCCUUAUAUGGUAAGAAAAAACUAGGGUUUCGAUUUGAAAAAAUGGAAAAAUCAAAAACUUCCACAACAAAUUCGAUUAAAUUUUCAGCCGACAUGCCGUCGACUUUGGUGUGCUACAUUCUACGGAAGCCAAAUGGGCUGUCGAACUCAGCAUAUGCCAUGGGCUGAUGGAACAUCUUGUGAUGAAUCGAGAAAUAUGGUACCUCCACUCAAUUAUUCAUUCUAACCAACUUUAAUUUGUUUUCAGUUUUGUCAUCACGGAGAAUGUGUUCGACUCGCUGCCGAUUCACUUGCUAAAAUUGAUGGACAAUGGGGAGAUUGGCGUGAUUGGGGAGAAUGCAGUCGAACAUGUGGAGGUGGAAUUCAAAGAGGACUUCGCGAUUGUGACAAUCCACGACCAUCAAAUGGCGGAAAGUAUUGUGUAGGUCAACGAGAACGAUAUCGCUCUUGUAAUACACAAGAAUGUCCGUGGGAUACACCAGCAUUUCGAGAUGUUCAAUGUUCUGAUUACAACAAUAAAGAUAUUGGAAUACAAGGAGUCGCGUCGAAAAACACAAUUUGGGUUCCAAAAUAUACGAAUGUUGCCGAAAAUGAGAGAUGUAAAUUGUAUUGUCAACUAUCUGGAAGUGCUGCAUUCUAUUUGCUCAAAGAUAAAGUGAGUGUACAUUUGGAAAGUACAAAAUAACACAUAUAAACUUCAAUUCUAGGUCAUCGAUGGAACUCCUUGUGAUCGUAAUGGUGAUGAUAUUUGCGUUGCUGGAACUUGUAUGCCAGCUGGAUGCGAUCACACUCUUCAAUCAACAAUUCGUCGGGAUAAAUGUGGAAUUUGUGGUGGAGAUGAUUCAUCGUGUCGAAUUGUCAAAGGAUCAUUCAAUGAACUUGGAACAUUUGGAUAUAAUGAAGUAAUGAAAAUUCCAGCCGGUUCAGCUAAUAUCGAUAUUCGACAACGUGGAUAUAACAAUCAAAAAGAAGAUGACAAUUACUUGGGUAUGAUUUUUAUAUCUUCUUUUUUAAAUUGUUACAAUGUAUAUAUUCAGCUCUUCGUUUGGCAAACGGCGAAUUUUUGUUGAAUGGUCAUUUCCAAGUUUCACUUGCUCGACAACAAAUUGCUUUCCAAGAUACUGUUCUCGAAUAUUCUGGAUCUGAUGCUGUUGUUGAACGAAUUAAUGGAACCGGACCGAUUCGAAGCGAUAUUUAUGUUCAUGUUUUAUCAGUUGGAAGUUUUCCACCAGAUAUCACUUAUGAAUAUAUGACAGCUUCAAAUGCAGCAAUGCGACCAACAAUUCGAAGUGCAUUCUUAUGGAGAGUUUCGGAUACUUGGAGUAAUUGUGAUAGUCCGUGUAGAGGUGUUCAAACUAAACAACUUAUUUGCUAUGAUGCUGCUGUUAAUCGACAAACACAUGAUCGAAAUUGUCAAACUGUUCAUAAACCAAAACCAACAACAAGAAUGUGUAAUCUUGAAUGUUCAACAAAAUGGAUAACUCAAGAUACAUCUUCAUGCAGUGCAAAAUGUGGAAGUGGUCAUAAGCGACAAAAGGUUACUUGUGUCAAACUGUAUGGUGCGAAUCAAAAUCCAGUUGGUGAAGAAUUUUGUGAUCGAAACAAGCGACCAAAUGAUAUAACAAGUUGCUAUAUUGAUUGUAGUGGAAGAAAAUGGUCAUACAGUGAUUGGACACAAUGCUCAGAAACUUGUGGAACAAAUGGAAAACAGUAUCGAAAAGCUUAUUGUGUUGAUAAUUCGAAUCGAAAAGUGGAUGAAAGUUUGUGCGGAAGAGAAACAAAGGAAAAUGUUGAAAAAGAAUGUAAUCGGAUACCUUGUCCACGAUGGGUUUAUGGUCAUUGGUCAGAAUGUUCGAGAUCUUGCGAUGGAGGAGUUCGGAUGCGACACGGACAAUGUUUGGAUGCAGCUGAUCGAGAAACUCAUAGCACAUAUUGUGGACCAGCUCAUACACAAGAAACGUGUAAUGAAAGAACGUGUACUUGGUGGGAAUUUGGAACCUGGAGUGAAUGUUCAGUUUUAUGUGGUGAAGGAAUUCAAAGUCGAGAUGCAAUAUGUACUGAUAGAAGAGCAAAUCAUCUUCCGGAAAAUAAUUGUAAUAAAUUAGAGAAAAUUGUGACAAAAGCUUGUCAUAAAAUUGCUUGCCCCAAGUAUAAAGUCGGAGAAUGGUCAGAAUGCAGUGUAAGUUUCAAUAAAACAAUACAUUUCAACAACAUUCAACAUUUUUCUUCAGGUUUCAUGUGAUGAUGGAUGGAAAUCCCGCCGAAUUAGCUGUAUGAAUGGAACUGGUCAAGAAGUCGAUGUGAAAGAAUGUGGCUUGCCAAAUGAAAGACCAGCUACUCACAAAGUUUGUAACAUGGGUCUUUGUCCAUUUUGGCGUGUUCACGAUUGGGGAGCGUGUUCAGUUUCAUGUGGAAGUGGACAUCGAGAAAGAACUAUCGAAUGUAUUCAUCGUGAUCAAGUUGUUGAUGCAAGUUAUUGUGGAGAAAAUUCAACUCCAGAAACUCGCGAAGUAUGCAACCUGUUACCUUGUACCAGUUGGGAUGUGAAACAUUGGUCACCCUGUUCAGUAACUUGUGGAUCUGGUAUUCAAAAACGACAAGUGGAUUGUGUUCGUGGACCAAACAGAAAUAUCGUUGAUCCAUAUUUCUGUGAUCGACACACAAAACCAAAAGAUCAGAAAAUCUGCGAAAAAGAUCCAUGUGGUGCACGAAUGAUCGCAGCUCAACCAACCGCUGAACUUCCACCAAUUCGUUGGGCCACCGGACCAUGGACAGCUUGUUCAACAACUUGUGGAAAUGGAACACAACGAAGACUUCUCAAAUGCCGUGAUCAUAUUCGUGAUCUUCCGGAUGAAUAUUGUAAUCAUCUCGAGAAGGUACCAAGUACCAGAACAUGUCACAUCCGACCCUGCGCAUUCUGGAGUGCUUCACAAUGGAAUAAUUGUCCAGCUACGUGUGGAUCACAUGUUCAACAAGAUCGAAAUGUUUCCUGUGUUAGUGCCGAAGAUCAUCGAAUUUUGAAAGAUGUCGAUUGUGAUGUUCAACAUCGUCCGAUUAGUACUAGAAAUUGUCAAUUAGAUCCAUGUCCACGUGGAGAAGAACAUUUAGGUCAAUGGAAUUUAGGAGAUUGGUCAAAAGUAAGUUUUUCAAAAUAGAAAAUGAAGAUCAAAACGAAUUUUGUGAUUUUUCAGUGUUCAACCUCGUGUGGAGGUGGAUGGCGCCGUAGAAGUGUUUUGUGUUCUUCAAUUAGUUGUGAUGAAACUAGAAAACCUAGAAUGUUUGAAAGAUGUAACGAACAUAUUUGCCCGCCGCUCACAAAUAACUCGUGGCAAAUUUCACCAUGGACUCACGUGAGUUUGAUUUUCCCAAGAUACGAUUCUCUAACCAGAUCUCAAAAAUUUAAAGUGUUCCGUCUCAUGUGGUGGUGGUGUUCAACGACGUCGAAUUUGGUGCGAAGACGUGUUGUCCGGACGAAUUCAAGACGAUUACGAAUGUAGCGAACUGAAACCAAUUUCACAACGCGAUUGUGAAAUGCCUCCAUGCGCCGCUAAUCUCACAACAAACCAACCCCAAACCACACCAAUUUCAUCACAUUCUUCCUCUUCCCGCAUUUCUGCCGCCGCUUCAAGUCCAAAACGAAACACGUGGCAAACGUCAUCGUGGAGUUCGGUACGUAGAAAAGUGCCGACACGACGUCGUAAAACGUCGUCGAAGCGUAGAAAAGUGCCCAAAAAUUUCUAUUCGUACAAUGUUGUGCAUACUAUGUUAUAAUCGUUAUAAUGAUACGUGUUUUGUCCAAUGUCUCUCUCACUUUCUUUCUUUCUUUGUCCGUCUUUUAUUUUAUUUGUUAGUGUUUUUAUUUGUGUCUCACACUCGAUUUCAAAACAAUUGUUGUUCUCUGUUGCAUGAUGCUUUUACAAAUAUCACAAAUUCGGCCAAAAACUGCCUUCAGCGGGUUUCAAAAUAAUUCAUUAUUCUUUUUUGAUGAUGAUUUUUAUUAUGACUUCAUAAAACUUUUUUGUUAUAAUAAAUGUGUAUGUUUGUUUUCGUCUGUGUAAAUCAAAAUUUGCAUGACUUACAAUUUUCAGUUUGCUUUUUUUUCAGUUGGCUGUUUUUUUUUUGGGAACUUAUUGUUACAGAAAUCUGAUGAAUAGGAAGUUUUUGAAUAAAAACAAUCCUAACUUCUACAAAAUUUCAGUGCUCAACAAAAUGUGGGCGAGGAACAAAAGAAAGAAUUGUGGAAUGCGUUGACACCCAUCAAAAUGUCACUGUUGCCAGUACUCGUUGUGAUCAAACCAAAAAGCCAGUUACAACAAUGAGAUGUAGAAUUGCACAUUGUCCAAGAUGGAAAACAACAACAUGGAGUACUGUAAGUUACUAACUGGAUAAUAUUCUUUUGGAAACUGUAUUGGUACUUUUCAGUGCUCCGUAACAUGUGGAAGAGGUAUUCGUUCUCGAGAAGUUCACUGUUAUCGUGGCAGAAAAAUGAAAGUCAAUGACACGGAAUGCGAAAUGACCAAAAAACUUCCAACCGAAACAAAUUGCUUCUACGUUGCCUGUCCAGCCUACAAUUGGUCACUGACACCAUGGAGUAAAGUAAGCAUAUAUCAUAUUAAUCUUGAUCCCAAACCUAUCUAUUUAUUUUCAGUGCAAAGAUGAUUGUGCUCGUGGACAGAAACAAACUCGCCGGGUCCAUUGCAUGAGUAAUACUGGAAAACGUGCAGCUCCAAGAAUGUGUCAACCUGUCCCAGCUCCACCUUCAAGUCGAGAUUGUGAUGUAUCAAAAUGUCCAUAUGAAUGGGUUCCAGAAGAUUGGCAAACAUGCUCGAAAUCAUGCGGAAUUGGAGUUCAAAACCGUGAAGUUACUUGUCGUGUCAAAGCUGGAGAAGUGACUACAAUGUCUAGUAUUAUCAAAUUUAUAGAAACAACUGUACCCAAAGAAAAAUGUGAAGCAUUCCAAAAACCAAAAGAAACACAAGAAUGUAAUUUGAACCCUUGUGACUCUGAAUAUCAAUGGUAUUUUGGACAAUGGGGAACGGUAAGAGAUACUUAUCAAAAGUUAUUUAUCAGAAAUCAUGAUUACAGUGUUCAAAAACUUGUGGUCAAGGAGUUUCGCGACGAAAAGUUCGAUGCGUUGACAAAAACGGAAAACGGGUUGAAAAAACGAAAUGUUCGAACAAGAAACCACGACGAACUCAAGGAUGUUUCGAACGUAAUUGUUUGCCAGCCACGUGUCAAGAAAUUCGAACAACGACUGGGGCAACAGAAAAUGGAAAUUACACAGUUCUUCUUGAUGGUUUCCUUGUUCAAAUCUAUUGUCAUCAAAUGAACGAAACAAUUCCAAAAUCAUAUUUGAAUUUGGAUCCAGAAUCGAAUUUUGCCGAAGUCUACGGGAAAAAAUUGAUAUAUCCUCAUACUUGUCCAUUCAAUGGUGAACGAAACGAUUCUUGUCAAUGUUCAGAUGAAGGAGAUGCAAAUGCUGGAUUGACAAAAUUCGACAAGAUUCGAGUAGAUUUAUCAAAUCGCAAAAUACAUUGUAAGUUCCGUCUUGAAUUUCUUCAUAAAAUAAAUUUCAUUUUUUCUAGUAACCGACUACACAUUUGCUCGAAAAAUCCACGGAAAUUUCGUACCAUUCGCCACAGCUGGCGAUUGUUACAGUAUGAAAGAGUGUCCACAAGGUAGAUUUUCAUUGGAUUUGCGAAGUUCGGGUUUGCGAAUUGUUGAUGAUUUGAACUGGGAAGAUCAUGGUCAUCGAACAACUUCAAGAAUCGAAAGAACAUUUGUGAGUUAGCCUAACUUAUUUGAACAAGAAUAUCCACAAUAUUUCUAGAAUAACGCAAAAAUCGAAGGAAGAUGCGGUGGUUAUUGUGGAAAAUGUUCGCCGGAAAGAUUCAAAGGUCUCAUUUUCGAAGUAGAUACAAAGAAUAUGGAACAAAUCUCUGAAUUAUUAAAACUCUAG